UGAGUGGCCGUAAAAAACCCAAACCACUUCACCAAAUCACAAUUCAUCGUGGUCUCAAAGCUAAAACCCUCAGAAAGGUUUUUUCUCAUGGUAUCCAAAAACCCGAACCCGGCUGAAGGAUUCUACUUGGAUCCGAAUGGAAUGGCCUUACCUGGACUCGUACCUUUUGCCACACCCGCGGCAACAGCUGCCGUUCCAUCUACGGCGUCCUCGUCGGAGGAUCCGUCAAAGAAGAUCCGAAAACCGUAUACUGUUACUAAGUCUAGAGAAAGCUGGACCGAACCUGAGCACGACAAGUUCCUUGAAGCGCUUCAGCUCUUUGACCGUGACUGGAAAAAAAUCGAAGCAUUUGUUGGGUCAAAGACAGUCAUUCAGAUUCGCAGCCAUGCACAGAAGUACUUUCUAAAGGUUCAGAAGAGUGGAACAGCUGAACAUUUACCUCCUCCCAGACCUAAAAGGAAAGCUGCCCAUCCUUAUCCUCAAAAAGCCUCAAAAACUGCUCCAUUGCAAUCACAAGUCUCACGUACCUUUCAAUCAUCUUCUGCUCAACUUGAACCGGGACAUUUUCUGAGUCCUGAUUCCUCUUCAAUGCUUAUGAUUCCAGUGGCUAGUACUGCUACUUCUUCCUGGACAAACAAUGUACAAACAGUUGGUUUAUCACACAUGAAAAAAGGGCCAGGAAUGGGAAAUAACCGAAGCAGUUCAAAUGAGAGUGCUCCAAAAACACGAGCAGGAGGGGAAAUGACAGAUCAAGGGAAUCAUGGUCAUUUAAGAGUCCUGCCUGACUUUGUGCAAGUAUACAGCUUCAUUGGCGGUGUAUUUGACCCGAAUGUUUCUGGUCAUUUGCAGAAACUUAAAAAGAUGGAUCCCAUAGAUGUUGAAACGGUGCUGUUGUUGAUGAGAAACCUGUCGAUAAAUUUGACCAGCCCCGAUUUUGAGGAUCAUAGAAGGCUGCUUUCAUCGUAUGAAACCGAGACAGAGACAGCCAACCAUGGUGGUACAAAUAAUAACCUUGUCAAUGAUCAGCAGUGCAAAAAUGUCACUUAGUUCCAGUAGGUGACUAGAAUAAAUGAGAUUUAACUAGAUCACACAUACCUACUACUUAUUCUUUCCUCGAUUUUUCGUGUAACCAGUACCUGCUUUCAUCUCCUGAUUUGCCAGAACUCCAAAUCCAGGAGCUUCAACUGGUUCACUGGUGGCUCCAGUUGGUCGGACCAUUUGGCUGCACUGACAAUAUACUCACCCAUGGUGUCGGGUUCAUGUAUAUAUUUAAAAAUAAGAAAGAGGCGACAGAAUUCGUAAUCGAGAAGUGUAUAGUUGAAGGUGUUUUACAAAGGUUAUCCUUCAAAGUAAUGUGUUAUUGUGUAUUACAGUUUUGACUCAUUAUUUUUGGUGAUAUUCUUCUAAAUUCUGUAAUGUAUAUGCAUUGUUGUGUAUACGUCUUUUAAUCUUUCCCUAGAGCAAGCAUAUCGUAUGUGUGGUGGAAUGUAAUUGUCAUUGAAUAUUUAACUAUUGCAAGCAGAAAACAGAAUAUCUUCACUGACGAACA